AUGGGGACGCAUAUGGUUGCUGAGGAGACAGACAGCAUUAAAUGCUACCGAAAAUAUGCUGACGCUACGGCCAACCGAUACGGCGAUCGGCUCGACUGCAGCAAUCGAUCAUACGUCAUCAAUUUGGACGCUGUGACGGCGAUAGCAGAGGUGACCACUAUGGAGAACGUGCUGAGAGUUGUCGACACGUCUGCGUCCAGUGCUGCAGUAUCCAUGCCGACGCUCCGGUCCGCUAAUACGGCCAACGAUCGGCUCGACUACAGUAACUGA